UGUUGUGUGUGGCCAAAUUUCAGCCCAGUGCGAUACGAUACGAUACGGCCUAUGACGUUUUUUUUUCAAAUGGAAACAGGAGAGUAUGCCGGCCCAUACCAAAAGAACAGCCCAAGCAGUUAGUCUGGUGCUAUGCAUCCACUCGCCUGAACUGAACGUGGUCCCUCUCCUCUGUCCUCCGCGAUGGUGGUCCCCAGCUCGGCAAAUGUUGUCCCCGGGGCGGCAGCGCCGGCGGCCUGAAGCGCGACGACUAGGACGGCAGCGGCAAUCUUUAGCGCUGUCGGCGGCGGGAUACUCGCUGCGCGCCACGCGCUGACAUGGACGAGCCCCCGUGCCCGCCCCCGCGGCCCGCGCUCAACUCCGCCGCCGCGACGUCAUGGCCGGAGCUGCUCGCGCCGUUCGACCUCUCCCGCCUCCGCGCCACGCUGUCCUCGCACCCGCUCACCCCGCGCCGCCUGGCCCGCCUCCUCGCGCUCCCGCUCGCGCCGGCCACCUCCCUGCUCCUCCUCGACUGGUACGCGUCGUCCCACCCGGCGCUCUCGCUCUCGUCCCUCCCGCUCCGCCCCAUCCUCGCGGCAGCCGACCCCGACCGCGCGCUCGCGCUCCUCGACUCCCUGCCGGCCUCCCGCCUGCCCCCGCUCCGCGAGUCCCUCCUGCUCCCGCUGCUCCGCUCCCUGCCACCCGGCCGCGCGCUCCACCUGCUCGACCAGAUGCCCCGCCGCUUCGCCGUCUCCCCCUCCUUCCGCUCCUACAACGUCGUCCUCUCCACGCUCGCCAGGGCCGACUGCCACGCCGACGCCCUGCUCCUGUACCGCCGGAUGCUCAGGGACCGCGUGCCGCCCACCACCUUCACCUUCGGUGUCGCCGCGCGCGCGCUCUGCCGCCUCGGCCGCGCCGGCGACGCGCUCGCGCUGCUCCGCGGGAUGGCGCGCCACGGAUGCGUGCCUGAUGCGGUUCUCUACCAGACUGUCAUCCACGCCCUGGUCGCGCAGGGCGGGGUCGCCGAGGCCGCGAUGCUCCUCGACGAGAUGUUACUCAUGGGGUGUGCGGCGGACGUGAACACCUUCAACGACCUGGUGCUCGGGCUGUGCGGGCUCGGGCGCGUGCGAGAGGCAGCCAGGCUGGUGGACAGGAUGAUGACGCAGGGAUGCAUGCCAAGUGUGGUGACAUAUGGGUUCCUCCUGCAAGGGCUGUGCCGAACAAGGCAGGCGGACGAGGCGUGCGCCAUGCUCGGGAGGUUGCCGGAGGUGAACGUGGUGAUGCUUAACACGGUGAUCCGUGGAUGUCUGACGGAGGGGAAGCUGGCCAGGGCAACAGAGUUGUAUGAGAUGAUGGGUUCAAAAGGAUGCCCGCCUGAUGUGCACACAUACAGUAUUUUGAUGCAUGGCCUUUGCAAGCUUGGGAGAUUUGGUUCAGCAGUGCGGAUGCUUGAUGAGAUGGAGGAGAAGGGUUGUGCACCAAAUAUCGUGACCUACUCUACCUUGCUGCAUUCAUUUUGCAGGAAUGGCAUGUGGGAUGACGCAAGAGCAAUGCUGGAUCAGAUGUUAGCCAAGGGCUUUAGUAUGAACUCCCAAGGAUACAAUGGUAUCAUAUAUGCCUUAUGCAAGGAUGGCAAGCUUGAUCAAGCGACAAGGCUUGUCCAAGAGAUGAAGAGUCAGGGGUGCAAGCCUGAUAUUUGCACGUACAAUACAAUGAUUUAUCAUCUGUGCAACAAUGACCUGAUGGAGGAGGCAGAACAUAUUUUCAGAAACUUAAUUGAAGAGGGUGUUGUUGCCAAUGGAAUAACUUAUAAUACUCUCAUUCAUGCACUUCUGCGCAACGGAAGGUGGCAGGAGGGCCUAAGGCUUGCAAGUGAAAUGCUACUUCAUGGUUGCCAGCUAGAUGUUAUUAGCUACAAUGGCCUGAUUAAAGCCCUCUGCAAAGAGGGGAAUGUUGAUCGGAGUAUGGCGUUGCUUGAGGAAAUGGUGACAAAGGGAAUUAAGCCAAAUAAUUUCUCGUAUAACAUGCUGAUCAAUGAACUCUGCAAGGCGGGAAAGGUACGUGAUGCACUGGAGCUCUCAAAGGAGAUGCUGAAUCAAGGACUGACACCUGACAUUGUGACUUACAAUACACUCAUAAAUGGGUUAUGCAAAGUGGGAUGGACACAUGCUGCUUUAAAUCUUUUAGAGAAGCUACCCAACGAAAAUGUGCAUCCUGACAUUGUGACAUACAACAUUCUCAUUAGUUGGCACUGCAAAGUCAGAUUGCUUGAUGAUGCCGCUAUGCUUCUAGACAAAGCAAUAAGUGGAGGAAUAGUUCCUAAUGAGCGAACGUGGGGAAUGAUGGUGCAAAAUUUUGUCAGACAGACAGUCAAUCUCGAGGGUUACUAAAAGGAUUUAUUGUAUAUGUUGUAUGUCAUAUCAGAAGGGAGCCUGGUGCAGUGGUGAGAGUUGUCUCACCGAGUCACCUGAUCGCAGGUUCGAAGCAGUCUCUUUGCAUUCGCAGGAGGAAAGCUUACUUUGGUUUAUCCCUUCCUCAAACAUCACUCAUUUGGGAGCCUCCGGCACUUGGUCUGUCUCUUUGUGUGCCAUACUGGUUUUGGGACUCCGCAGCUCGAUAUGCUUUUAGAUCAAUAUGGGCACAUCUUAACUUCCAGCAUACUGCCUGCCGUGCAUGUCGUCAUGUCGAUCUGGACUGUUGGAGCCCUUUUUCUCUUAGGUUACUGAUUAACCACCAAAGCAAAUAGCCAUUGACAGAAUUCAACCAGAGUCUUGGCUGAAAAUUCUUGAAUGGGAAUGGAAGAUCUCUGGUAGCACAGUGGUCAUGUUGUGAGUGAUAUAUAAUGGACCUUUCUACUGUUCCAGCUGCACAUCCUACCUGCAGUAGUGAACCACCCUAAGAGGUAUUGGGUAACUAAUGUAUUGUACGAUAUGGCGUCUAUGAGGCUCUGCCCCUGUGGGUGGCUGCAUUAAUCUCGUACUACUGAUCUGGAGCUUGGAUGGAUUCACGAUUUUAGCGAAAACUGGCAUGUUUAUGAAGCUUUUUCAUACCAGAAAACUUGAAGUCGUGAAGUUUGAUCUACUGUAUCUUUUUCCUUCAGAUACGCAAUCUGUUUCAUUUAGUGACUGUAAGUUAACUUUUUAAUAGUUUCCUUUGUUUCUCCUGGCUUGUGCAGUGGCAGUGAACUAUCAAGUAAGUAGUUGAAUAUACCUAUGAAGCAUGGACCAGAGUCUCCCUGGGGUGGUUGGCACUAGUCGUGAACUUGCGAUGCUGCUGUCUGUGGUCAGCGUUUCCACGGCACUUAAGGGUCAACAUUUAAGGAACACUCCGUCGUGCUGAACCCAAGCACUUUGAUUGAUGGAAUGCUGAAAAAAAAAGCAUGCGUGUGGCCCAUGAAAGCAUGGCAAGGCCUCCCAGAGGUUGAGAACGUGUCUCCAGAAACUCUGUAUCAUCUUGGUACACUGAUCGAUCUUGGUUGAAUCUAAUCUUCUGUUACCGAAAAAUUCUGCGGCUGUCGGGCUCGAAUCUGUAGACGGCUCUGGCAAGGAGGAGUCCCGUUGCUGGUUUGGAUAAUUUUCUGUUGGGCGAUCGAUGAAUGCUGUCUGCUGCCGCCUGUUGAGUGCUUGUGGAGUAGCACCGUGGUGUGGGAAAGGCCGAGGCAAGUACCUGGGUGGUAGUAGCACGGCCAUGGUGUGCGUGCCUGCGUGCGCUACACCCACGCCGCUGGCCCCACGGCUGGCUGAUGGCACGGACCGUAUACCUUGUUGUCUCGGUCAAAAUGGAUGUACUACCACCACCGCUCGUGCGCACUGCUACUGUGCUACCUGUUCCCCGUCCCCCGAUGCUUCUCCAGUGGUCCAUCUGCUGCUCCGCUUACCAGGUGGAAAAAAUCACUGGUGGUAAAACAAUAAGGGCACAACAAACGAUGGACUCAAGAAUAUAAGAAAUACAUAGGGUAUGAUGAUAAUGUGUAAACCAUUCAUUUUUACACAAACAGUUACGAUGAUUUUUUUUUUAAAAAAAACAACAUUUCUAUUAUACAUUAACUUUUCAAAUGACCCUUUAAACUCGUCUAAUAUAUUUUUAAA